AUGAAGGGCUUCAGGCGAGCGCUCUCGCGAGGUAAGGACAACAAGUCCACCAAGAAGAAUAAAGAUUCCAAAGAUGGCACGGCUUCGCCUUCGUCAAGUGGUUCGAGAGAGACCCAGUCGCCUGUAUUGACACCCUCUUCCUCUACUUCGACGCUGAACGAUAUAAGAAACAAACCCCUCCCUCCCAACAAUGCUGGAACACAUGGUGGUGAUCAUGGUGGCCCUGCCUUGCAAGGCCAGGCUGGCCAAGCACCUGGCGCUGGGCCUGACAGGUUUGGCAAUGUUGGCGCCCAGCAGUCGCCGAAUGGUGCUGCUACUCCUCGACAUGGUGGUACUCUUCCGCCAACCGUGGUCAUUAGCCCGAGUGCUCCACACAUCCCACCCCCUGGUGCAGCGGAGACUAUGCCGCACGACCUCGCUCCGCCCAAAGCUGGCUCAAAAUCGAUUGUGUUUGACCGCCUCCACCAAACACCGAAGGACGUUCCCGAAGGUCUUAGGACGCCUAGAAGACAAAACUCAUCGCGAUUCGAUAUCUCUACGCAUCGAGAGCUAGAGAAGCUCCCAGGUUUUCAUGAAGUACCACCUAACCGACGACAGGAGCUUUUUAUGCAGAAGAUUGAUCAGUGCAACGUCAUUUUUGAUUUUAACGAUGCUAGUGCCGAUAUGAAGUCCAAGGAAAUCAAACGUCUAGCUCUACACGAGCUACUUGAUUACGUAGCCAAUAACCGCCAAGUUAUUACAGAGCCGAUGUACCCUCGCGUAGUCGAGAUGUUCGCAAAGAACCUGUUUCGCCCGAUUCCUCCACCUAUGAACCCCCAAGGCGAAGCAUUCGAUCCCGAAGAAGACGAACCUGUUCUGGAAGUGGCCUGGCCCCAUAUUCAGGUCGUUUACGAGUUCUUUUUGAGAUUUAUCGAAAGCCAAGAUUUCAACACUAACAUCGCUAAAGCAUAUAUCGAUCAUAGCUUUGUGCUUCAACUCCUAGAACUUUUUGACUCGGAAGAUCCACGCGAGAGGGACUUCCUCAAGACGACUCUGCAUCGCAUCUACGGAAAAUUCUUAAACCUCCGCUCUUUCAUCCGACGUUCUAUUAACAACGUCUUCUUCCAGUUCACUUACGAGACAGAGAGGUUCAAUGGCGUGGCCGAGCUACUUGAGAUUCUCGGCUCCAUUAUUAACGGAUUUGCCCUGCCUCUCAAAGAAGAACAUAAGCUAUUUUUGACUAGGGUGUUGCUGCCUCUCCACAAGGUGAAGAGCCUUAGCAUGUAUCACCCUCAACUCGCCUACUGCAUUGUCCAGUUCCUUGAAAAAGACGCCUCGCUUACCGAAGAUGUCGUUCUCGGCCUUCUCCGAUACUGGCCAAAAGUCAACAGCACCAAGGAGGUUAUGUACCUCAAUGAGGUUGAAGAUAUUUUCGAGGUAAUGGACCCUGCAGAAUUCACAAAGGUUCAGGAGCCUCUCUUCCAUCAGCUCGCGAAAUCUGUUGCAAGCCCACAUUUCCAAGUCGCAGAGCGGGCCUUAUAUUUCUGGAACAACGAGUAUUUCUGCAACCUCGUGAGCGAUAACGUCGAUAUCAUCCUACCCAUCAUGUUCGCACCGCUCUACGAGAAUUCUAAGGGACACUGGAACAGAACAAUUCAUGGGAUGGUGUAUAAUGCAAUGAAGCUCUUUAUGGAGAUCAACCCGCAGCUCUUCGAUGAUUGCUCUCAUGAGUAUACAGAGCAGCAAAAUAACGCCGCUGCGAGGGAAGCCCUUCGAGAGAGGAAAUGGGCCGCCAUCACAGAGCAGGCCAAUAAGAGGAAAACGAAUGGUGCCUCCGGGAAUGGUACUCCAGCUUCAAAGCCGCUUAACAUAAUGCCGCGAGUUGAGGAAGCCGAUUCCGUUACGGAGGAUAACCAGAAGAGGUUAGAUUCGUUGAAGCUUCAGGAUGCUGACCGAACCAAUCGCCGCCCCAAUACCCACGAGCGUCAAGGUUCGGCAAGCUCCGCACGAAGCCAGCGGUGAUCUUAAGAAUUCUUGCUCCUCUUCUCUCCUGUGAAUCUUCCCCCACGAAGUGCAUUUAAGCGAUGCUCAAUUUUUACGAUAGAACUUGUAGGCGAUGAUGACCUGGUUUACACGAACCUCUUUAAAAAAAAAUUCUACUUCGAUUUGCACCCAAAACCCAGUGUUUCCAAUAAACAUGGGGCCGUGCUUCUCGGUCUCACUUCUGCGGUAUUUGAUGUCGACUAGGACCCUUAUGUACGGCCAUAACUUGUUAUUUUGGUCGCAAACAGAUGAUGGUUGAUUUGGGCUUGAUGCGGGCCUAGCAGCCUCUAAUCCUUCAAUAAUACUUUGGAUCAAGUCGAGUCCGGGAUGUCGAGUGCACGUGAGGUGUUUUUCUUUAUUUUAAAUUUCCCAGUACAUAUUUGAGGGCUUCGCAUGGCGUUCGAAUUCACGCACCGUCUUCGACACUCAAAACUCGGGUGGGAUUUAGCAGCUGUGCUCACCGUAUGUGAGACGAUGUCGAUAGUUCGUACGCCUACGAAG